AUGUCAAUCAAGGACGUGCCCCAUCCCGAAGCCAAUUUCUGCCAAUGCGUCACAGCACACCGUGCCAGCACCAUUGCGCCGCCAGGCAGCGAAAGCAACCUGAAUGCAAUCUGCGUGGUCGAGCUGUCACCGAAGAUGCUGUGGAACAAGGGCGACCCCAAGACCAUCAAUCCCACGUGGAGCACCAUGUACCGCUUGAAGGUGACGGACAUCCACGCCGUGCUUCAAGUGACCGUGCUCACGGACGUCAAAAAGCAGGAGUUCCUCGGCACUGUGGCCUUCCCACUGAUAUCGGUGGACUCGGGAAAGAAGCAAUGGUACGCGCUCAAGGACCAGAACCUCGACAAUACCACGGGAGGAUUCAUCCUGCUCGAAAUAGACCUCAUAUACAAUCCGAUGAAAGCUCUGAUAUGCUGCUUCAAGGACAAAGGUCCCGGUCCACCGGCGCUCAACGAAACGGAGCUGACGAGGGCUGCCCUGACCCGGAACAUGGCACGUCUGAAGGCUCUCUACGAAUACUACAAACGGAUAACUGAUUUUUUCAUCGGCUGCUUCAACUGGGUGUCCAUACCGCGGUCCAUCAUCUCCCUCGUGCUGUUCUCGUGGCUGACCCUGAAGGGCGAGCCGUACAUGGUGCCCCUGAUCGGUGCCCUGCUCUUCUUCGCCGAAAUGAUCGCUGUCCUUGUCCUCCCCGUCGAAGAGGACAGAGAGUUGUUUCGAGAAGGCCAGCAGAGUGAUGAUGACAGCUCUCGGCAGUCCCUCAAGGGCAAGUUGGCUCGUCUCCAGGAGAUCGCAGCAACCAUGCAGAACACCAUGGGCACGGUGGCCUCGUACGGCGAGCGACUGAUCAACACAAUCACGUUCGCCGAUCCAUUCGUCUCGAGAAUAUUCCUCGCCAUGCUUGUGGGUGCAGGCGUCGCGGCCUACAUUGUUCCAGCACGAUACUGGGCCCUCAUGUUCGGUGAGUUCUGCACACGUCAAUAG